AUGGGCGUCACCAGCAGCUUUUGUUGCACGGAUCGCAGUGGUAUCCGGAGGCAAAGCCGACCGCUGAGCACCUGCUAUGUGGACUUCCACAAGCCAGCGGAAGUGACCCAGCAAGGUGGGGCGCAGGCGCGUCUCUUCCGUCUGCUCCCCGUGGUGGCGCAGCAAAGUGGCACCGGCAACGGGCGCAGGUCGCUGGGAAGUGGAGGUCCAGAGUGGUUGGGCAAGGAUGUGAGUAGUAGCUUCAACGAAGUGGAUUUCUACAACGAGGUGCUUCACAUGCGCCGCUGGCUGCAGCAGGAUCCACCCCUCCAACCAGUGCCCAAAUUGGGGCAACAGGUAAAGGAGGAAGAGUACGAAACCAGUCAGACCCCCUGGGGCAUCAUCGAUUUCAUGGUGAGUUACCAUGGCCUUGCGCGCUCAUGUACUUGCUCAUGGGUGGCGGAUGGUCGUGAGCGGCACCGGGUGGCGGAUUUGCUGGUCUUCCGAAGUCCCUUUGAAGGAUUAGCGCGGCCACGGAUGCUUCAUUUGGAGUUGGGACCCAGAAGCUUAGCUUUACAGGCUCGACACGAGAACGAGGUCUCCACAGGCAUCCUCGCACGUCAGGAAGGCAUCUUCGUGGAUGGUUUCUUAUCACCGCCACAGAGCAUCCCCAGUGAAGGUCCCACGCUGGACCUACGAGGCUGGUCGUGGGGUGACAACACCCAACGACGAGCCAAGCGCCUGCCCCUGCAACGGCUGCACCUUGCAGAGGCUCUGAACAGCUUGCUGGAUUUGCGAGCGGCGAUUGCCGAGGAACGCUUCUGGCCGAGUGAGGAUAGUGUGGUUCCUGGACAAGCUGCAACCUCACGAGGUGAUAUCUUCCUGCAGAAGUUCCUGAGCGCAGCAGAGUAUUCGGAGCUGGCGUUGCGAGCCUUUGUGUCAGAGCUCACCAAGCUGAUUCGGGCCGUUGAAGAAGUCCCUGUGCCACAGAAGUGGGUCCAAAGUUCCCUGGCGUUGUUAGUUGAGGCUGGGGUCGCGCCACCACGUGUUGGACCUAUUCAACCGGAGAUCUGGGUUGCAUCUCGUGUGAAGAUUCAAAUUCUGGGCUGGAGCAAAAGUCGCUUGAGCCUUCCUGAACAGACCACUGCGGAUGAGCGGCAGGAUCACGAACUGCCAUGGAAAAUCUACCAACAUCACGUGGGUAGAGUUUUGUGGGAAUCAGCGCGCCUGUACUUUCAUAACUUUUGUGCAGAGGAGUGGGAGACCUUGAAGGUGCACAUCUACGAGAUCUCCAAAGGGAACAGCACAGUUCUGUGCACUGGCACCUUGAACCUGUGCGAUGGGGUCUCUGAGUCGUGCACACUUCAACUCUUCAGAGGAGAAAAAGCGAUGGAAAACAGCAUGGGAUGGCCGUCGCAGGCGCUGCUGACGGUAAAGUUUUUGGCCUUGCCGGAGCCCUCACAUUUUGCGGGUCUUUGGCAGGUCCGAGUAGAUCGUACAGAGAACCUGGAAGCAGGGAAAACCACCAGCUCCCAGCCGCUCCCAGGGGGGAGACACUCCAUGAGCCACCGAACGAAGGAGGCGCCUGCGGCCGCACAGAUGUCCUGGAACGAGGAAGUGGAGUUUCCCGUCAUCGCCGACAAGGAUGGAGCCGCUGCUGAGCGACUCUUGCAGGCGUUGGGGCAGCCAGCGAGGAGUACCACACCACAGGCACUGGCGGACUCCAUGGGUCCAAAAGGAUCUGUGGCCAAGCACUUGCCACCGUUGGUGAUGUUGCCUGAAGAGGGCAAGAAGGAAGACGUUCGCACAGCUAGUAUCGGGCAAGUGGCUUUCAUCUCCGAGUUGCGCGCAGGCCAGGUUCAGGAAGCCUCACAGGAUGUUUUGGGCCAUGGCCACAGCAGAUUUUUCCUAAAGAUGGAGGCUCCCGGAGCCAUGUUCCCUGCGGGGAACAUGGCCAUGAUGGGCAUGACCCCGCCCCCGCCGCCGGCGCAAAAUGGAUUUGGAAGUAUGCAACCAGGCGGUUUGUCAUCCGACGCGUACGUUGACAAGCACUUAAGGCCGCUGGAUGCAGAGCACUACUCGGCAGCAGGCCUCCUGCCAUACCGAAAGAGAUCGGACGGCGGAGUAGAAGUACUGCUCGCGCGUGAGAAGCCAUGGAAUUCAUUUGCAAAUGAUUAUGAUCCCAUUGCCUGGAACGUUUUUGGCGGCAAGCGGGUCUCACGGCAGGAACGCUCAGUGGAGGUCACUGCAGUCAGGUGCUUCCAUGAAGCGGUAGGGGACUUCCCCGAGGUGCCUCCAGAUGAGAUCCUGCACAAUCUGAUUCCCACAGGUUUCUAUUUGUGGUACCCUCUUGGCAAGAUGGCGAUGAUCCUUGCAGAGGUGCCCGAUGGCAUCAUGGACGAUCUGCCGAGCAAAUUCGCGGAGGCCAAAGAGGCCGGUCCCAGCGAAGAGUACAGAAUACUGCCGAUGGGUGUAAAGAAGUGGAAGAAACAGAUAGAACAGCUCGAAUGGGUUCCUGGAGAAGACCUCGUGCCUGAAGCAAAAUUCGCUGUCAGCGACUUAUUGAGUAACAUGCUAAAGGUUUCCAGAUUUCUCGAAUUUUUAACUGGAACACUGGAUCCGGCGGAGGCAUUCCCCAAAAGCAGUGGAAGGCCACAGCCGGUGGAGAAUGGCUACAACGGCGGGAAGAGCAAAGGGAGGGGAAAGUCCAAGGGGAAAGGAAAGGGCAAGGAUGGCAAAGGCUUUGGCAAGAUCGCGUCCCCGAUGCUUAAUAAAGGAAUGCCGAUGAUGCAACUGGCACCGGCACCGCCUAUGCCAAUGUACACAGCACCACCGCCAUCCUUUCAACCGGGCUCAGAGGAGAUGCAACGCCAGAUGCAUGGAGAGCAGCUCUACGUUCUGGUCCUGCCACUGGCGCCCAGCCCAUACCUGGCGCAAAAGAUCACAGGUAUGUUGCUUGAGCUCCCUCCAAACGAGUUGAUGCUGAAUUUGACGGAUCGAGAAGAGCUUCAACAUCGAGUCCAAGAGGCGCUUGAGGUCCUGAAGGCCGAUGGCGUUGCCGUCUAG